AUGGGCUUCCAGAAGUUCUCUCUUUUCCUGGCUGUCAGCAUCCUGCUCCUGUACCAGACAGACAGCCUGGGUGCAGUGCCUUUCAGGUCAACCUUGGAGAACCGUCCAGACCUGGCCACCCUCAGUGAGGAGGAAGCACGCCUCCUGCUGGCUGCAGUGGUGCAGGACUACCUGCAGAUGAAGGCCAGGGAGCUGGAGCAGGAGGAGCAGGAGGCCGAGGACUCCAGCCUGGACAACCCCAGAUCCAAACGGUGUGGGAAUCUGAGUACCUGCAUGCUGGGCACGUACACACAGGACCUCAACAAGUUUCACACCUUCCCCCAAACUGCUAUUGGGGUUGGAGCACCUGGAAAGAAAAGGGAUGUGGCCAAGGACUUGCAGACAGAUCACCGCUCUCACGUUGGCAACUAAGCGCCCCCUCUCCUUUCUAAUGUCCUUUCUUGCUUUCUUCCUAUAACUUGAUGCAUGUGGUUCCUCUCUGGUUGCUCUUCGGGCUGUUACUGGUUGCUUUCCUGUGGCAGAGGAUGAUG